UAGAUAUGCCAGGCACUAGGGCUGUUAUCGCUAAGCACCUAAACGAAUGAAAUAUCGAAGGAAGUCGAAUUAGUUGCAUAUGUACUGCUGACGGUGUUAUCAAGGAAGGAAACGACUGAAUUUUUGAAGGAAAUUAAAUUUGGCUAAGGACAGGCAUCUGAGGAGAGUGAAUGGAAAACUGUAUUCAAAUCUCUGAUUUGCACACGGUGCAUAUUGUUCAAAACACAAUGUGUGAAUGCCCUAACAGAAUAUGAACUUAUCUGGACAAGCAAUUUAUGCCCCAAAAAAGGUAUAUUUGUCCAAAAGUUCAAGUGAUUGUACCCAGGCUGCAGGGGAUGAGAAGACAGAAGAUUCUGUUAACAGUCAAGCUGUGACUGACAACAUGUUCGAAUUACAAUCUCAGAAGUUCUUGUCACUUUUUGGACAGCCAAAUACAACACCAAAGCCAUUUUAUACACCAAGCUCACCUAGUGGUCAGUUUAUCGUAAACAGUAGUACUGGUUGUGGUCAUCAGUUGUAUAUGGGUAAUGAAAUUGACCAACAAACAGCGAAUUAUCUGCCUCAACACAGCAGCUACUCUCAUGGCCUUGGCCUUCUUUCAUCUGUGAUCAGUUCCACUGGACCCAAUCAGCUGUCUUCUGCAAACAGUUCUUUUGAAGGUCGACAUUCCUUUGCAACAGCUUCCGCUGACACUGGGAAACUAUCUUCUGCAUGUUAUUCAAAGGAAUCUGGUGGUCAGUUGUGUUCUGAAAAUGUCAGCCCAGUGUCUGCGAGUAUGAACCAAGUGACUUCUGUGAAUACAAGACCAGUGCCACCUUUGAAUUCCAGUGAAGUGCCUUAUGUGAAUGCAAGCCAAGCAUCUUCUGUGAAUGGUAGCCAAGUGUCCUUUGAAAGACUAGCGAGUUCCUUUGGUCAGAAUGUAGACCCUUACAACACCUGUCAGUUUCUCUCUCCAAAGAAUUUAGAGGUCACUGGCUCUGGCCAGGCAUUGUCUGGAAGUUGUGCCGUUGCUAUAGACACUGAAGCAACUGGGAACAGUGGAAGAGUAGAAAAUUUAAAUGAUUCAAAAUAUGUUGAGCAGCUGUCAGGAAAUACUGGUAACUCAAACAGUGUUAGUCAGUCCCCUAUUACUUGUAGUACAGCCAGAUGUGACUCCACUCAAAGUCCCUUGACGUUUAACGAGGGGUUCGUUAACUCACCAGAGAGUUGGACUUUUUCCCCACUUGUGCCUUUUAGUCUAUCACACGAUAAUUCCUAUGAUGAAUGUGCACAUGGCAGUCCAUUUACAGGAAUGCCAGAAGUGACCAGUCAGUCUACACUUGAUGAGUUACAGAACGAUGUUAAAAGUUCAGUUUCAGAUAGCAAAGAUAUGUCCAGCAGCAAAUGUUACAGUAGCACAGUUCAAAACAGAACGGAAAAAGCUAUGACAUGGGCUCAGAAGUAUGGAAUAAACAUUAAUGCUAAACAAAAAACAUCUUCGCGGCAGUCAUUCAGUAGGAUUAGUCUGGCAGAUAUUGAAGAAUUUUCUGGCAAAAUUGUCCCAGGAAAACGAAAGUCUGUCGAAACCUGUAGUUCAAACAACAAGUUACUAGGACCCUCAGAACCUAAACAAAUGUCCACUUCUCCAAGAGAAGUGAAAUAUUCAUCAGAAAAUCACGUGGAUUAUUCAAGUUCUGUGAUAUUAUCAUCGUCCCAGGUGUCCUCGACAGAUAUGAACCAGGAACAUUCUCUAGAAAGGUCCCGUCAGGGCCAGAAUAGAAUACCAUCAGAACUGUCCCCUAUGCCCUCCAGCACAUCGGAGAUAUCUGCAGUGCCCCCUAAGAUGUAUGGGAUAUGUGAGGAGGACAGUAAUGAAAUUAGCAGCUCUGGAAGUGUAAUGGACUAUGUACAGAAUCAGGGCAGUACUGACACCUACUGUCAGGUGUGUGGGGACAAGGCGGCAGGAUUUUACUGUGGGGCCUUCAUCUGUGAGGCGUGUAAGAAAUUCUUUAUGAGAGCCAAUAAGCUGGAAAAAUUAAAAUAUGUGUGUCUACGGGUAGGCAGGUGUGUGAUCACCAAGGAGAGUCGAGUUCAGUGUCAGUACUGCCGAUACCAGAAAUGUGUUAGUCUGAAAAUGUAUUGUCCAGGUACGGGCGACAGCAAGAAAAAAGACAAGAAGAUUGGGGAGAUUCCUUGUCGAGUGUGUAGCGCCCCAUCUUCAGGAUUCCACUUUGGAGCACUCACCUGUGAAGGGUGUAAGGGGUUCUUCAGGCGUAUGGCAAAGGAGAGGGAAUGUCAGCGUUACAAGUGUUCUAAGAAUGGUAGCUGUGAAGUAAACACCAUCACACGCAACCUCUGUAAGGCAUGUCGCUAUCGCAAGUGUGUAGAGUGUGGCAUGUCCAUCGAAGGAAGCAGAAUUGGUCGCCAGCCAAACUCAGUCAAGCAUGCAAUAUCUAUUGAGGCAGAGAAACAAGGAAAGACACAGUGUAAGGAGCAGGUACUCAACGAUGGCAUCAACAUCAGUGACAUGGAGGCUAUGGUUAAUGCAGCCAUACCAGCCACGGUAGAGGAACUGGCGCAAAUAACAUCGGAUAUACAACCACAGCAAUUUGACGUGAAGGAAAUGAAAGGAGAGGUCAAAAUUUCUGAAGAAAACAAGGACUUGGAGACUACACCUCUGCCACUUGUCCCUGUGGAGAUUAAACAGGAACCACAAUCACCAAUGGCCACGAUUACGAAACCCUUUACCUUGAGGAGCAGUUGCAGCGGCAGCAGUAUUGUAGACAGCAUCAGUUGCGAAAAGACCUUUGAGAUUCUUGAUAAAUGUGCUGAUUGUAAUGAGGAAUUAGAACACCUUCUACCAGUUAUUAAGAAUAAUGAAGAGGAUGAAUUAGCUGAGUUUACAUCUAUAAAAAGUUCAUGGGUCAACAUGAUGUCUUCAUUUGAAUUCACUGCCAGAAAACUCAUCAAAUUCUCAAAGAAAGUUCCUGGUUUCCGAGCCAUUUCAUUGGAUGACCAAAUCAAGCUCAUACAAGCCUCAAUCUACCCAAUAGUAGUCUUGAACUGUUCACGAAGCUUUGACAAUGAAACCAAACAGUUCAGCUACUUCAACUACACACCAAGACAGAGGGAAACAAUUCAAUCAUUCUUCCCGAUGCUGAAAAUCCUAUCAAGCCACUUUAUACACACGGGCACUAUGGUGAAACUGAUGAACUUUAGUUCGAUGGAAUACACUUUCCUGUCCAUUCUGCUGCUGUUGAAUGCUGAUGUGGAAAAUCUGGAGGAUUCUGAGAGGGUUCGUAAACUGCUGCUGGACACCACCUUUGCCUUGCAAUAUCAUGAAGAAACCACCUACACUGAUGGCAGUACACGCUUCGGGAUGUUGCUGGUGAGGUUAGCUGAACUACACUUCAUCCUCAUACAACACAACACAGCCAUCACCGUCAUGCUCAAGAAAAAUCCUGAACUGACACUUCCACAGAUGUACAAAGAAAUGUUUGGUGAGAAAGUGCUGGAGAACUGACUUUUCUGAAGAUUUACAGAACACAGAAACAGCUACUGUUUCAGUAACUUAAUUCGCUUUUCUGAAGGUUUAGAGGACACAGAAUCAGCUACUGUUUCAGUAACUUAAUUCACUUUUCUGAAGGUUUACAGGACACAGAAACAGCUACUUGAAUGGAGGGGGAUGGGUGGUGUGUUUUAGUAUACCUGUUGCUUAUAGUCCUAUUUUAAAAUUGUUAUUGUCAAGAAAUACAACAUUCAUUAAGGAUUAACUUGAAUAUAUUUUUAAUGUUAUGGAUAUAUAACACAAAAAAAUGGAGUGUACUCUCAU